AUGAAGGCUGGUUUAACCCCUUUUGGCUCUGAGCUACCGCCUGACAUUCGGCUUCACAACGAAUCGUCUCCGAGCAUACCCAGCUUCACCAGGGCGCUUCCUCCAUUGCCACAAGCCAGAGCGCUCUUCGACCACUUUGUAUGCUGCUUACAGCCAUCAUUCGGCGUCUUACACGUCCCAUCCACUCGAGCAUUGCUAGAGCAGAUAUAUCAGUCCAUUUUGGAUAGCGAGGAGCUGAGCCCCGCUGGGCUGGCUCUUCUUUUCAGCAUAUUUGCGGGAGCUGCACUGGCAUGGACUCCUCAGCUCCUUGAUACGCUCCACUCCAGCAAAGACGAAGCGAAAGCGUCUCUAAAUGCCUACGUCCAUGUAGUCCUUUUGAUUGUGGACACGAAACUUCAGGAUACUUCCCCGUCAACUCUUGCGCUUCAAGCAAUAACUACAUUGUGUCAUGUCCUCUCUCAUAUGGAUGGCUUUUCCGAUAAAGUUAACAUGCUACGUAUUCGAACCCUCUUGAUGGCACGAAGCGUGCAACUUCAUCGGCUGGACACGGCUAGGAAAAGAGAUGAAAGGAGAGCGAAGGGGUGCAAUCCCAUCGAAGUAGAGGUACAGCGACGCAUCUGGUGGCAUAUGGUAUCUUCUGACUGGCUUCUGUCCUUAGCUGGCGGUGCCAACGAGGGUGCCUAUCUCGUACAACCGAAGCAUAUGAACGUCAACUACCCCAGUAAUGUUGAUGACGAAUCAAUACCCACUUCAGGUACACCAUAUGAUCUCCCUUUGACCGUUCCGACCUCCAUUACGGCCUUUAUUUUUCGCAUACACCUUGCCGAACUCUGUCGUGAAGUCGUUGAUACAAUGCCGUCGUUGUUGCUCGAGUCUCCCGAGUUGUCCGCCCACGACGUGGACUACGACUUGAUACUUGCGGUCGACGCAAAAUUUCAAACAUUACUCAGUGAAAUGCCGAUAUUUUUCAAACUAGAUCCCACAAGCAUUCAGCAAAGCAUGGGUCUUUGUCGGGAGCGUCCUUACAUCCCAUGGCAAAGAAUAUUUCUGCAUUUUGGUGUUCAUACUCGGAUAUGCCGGCUGCAUCGCCUAUUCCAUCUGGAGGGCCUCACCAAUCCAAAAUAUGCAUAUUCUCGAGCGACAUGUGUACGUUCGGCUGAGACUGUCCUAAGCCUUCGUCGGUCCAUGGACAACGCCGGUGCACUGAUCAAUCUUAAGCCUUCACGGUUUUGGAUGGUAGUCCAGCACGUUUUCCUUGCUGCUAUCAUCCUGGCAACCGAUGUCUCCUUGAACCCGAAUGCGCCCGAAGCAGAAGCUCGCAAGACAGAGGUAUUGGAAGCAUGCGAUAUGCUCGAAAAAUCUCAGAACGAGUCUCAUACGCUGAAGAAUGCAAUACAGAAGAAUACCCAAACACUGAUGAUGAUUCUUCAAAAUCAACCCUCGUCUGCAAAUAGGCCACCACCACUUGAUGCCACGACGAAUGAACAAAGGUGCCUUGGCCGUACCAUUGUCACUGGGAAGGGCCCCGCUGUAGUUGAAUCUACUGCAACAUCCCUGGUGGCAGAUACGAACAAUUUUCAAUCGAGAUCGAUGGAUGGUGAAACAUGGAGAUGGCCAAACGGACUUCCGAGUCAGCCGGCAGAACCAGAAACAUGGGGUCAGCUAUGGUCGGACAUGUUCAACGCUGGCCUGGAUGUGGACAUGCCCCAGUGGAGUUCACUUCUGGAUGAUAUAACAUUCACGGAAUUUACCGAACUCUCUAGUUGA